AUGGCUGAUAAACAGAUCAGUUUACCUGCCAAGCUGAUCAAUGGAGGGAUAGCUGGGCUGAUCGGGGUGACCUGUGUAUUUCCCAUUGACCUGGCAAAAACUCGCCUGCAGAACCAGCAGAAUGGCCAGCGGAUGUACACCAGCAUGUCUGACUGCCUCAUUAAAACAAUUCGGUCGGAAGGCUACUUUGGCAUGUACAGAGGGGCUGCAGUGAACCUGACUUUAGUGACACCAGAAAAGGCUAUCAAACUGGCAGCCAAUGACUUCUUCCGGCAUCACCUCUCCAAAGACGGGAAAAAGCUGACGCUGCUGAGGGAGAUGCUGGCGGGCUGCGGCGCGGGUACCUGCCAGGUGAUUGUCACCACUCCCAUGGAGAUGCUCAAAAUCCAGCUGCAGGAUGCAGGGAGAAUUGCGGCACAGAAGAAGCUGAUGGCAGCGCAGGCCCAGCUCUCCUCUUCCUCGGCGGCCGAGCCAGUGAUGGAAAGACGUACCACAGCAACACAGAUAACAAGGGAGCUGCUGCGGAGCAAAGGCAUCGCGGGACUCUACAAGGGCCUGGGAGCCACGCUGCUAAGGGAUGUCCCGUUCUCCAUUGUUUACUUCCCGCUGUUUGCAAACCUGAACAAGCUGGGCCAGAAAGACCCCAAUGUCAAGGCUCCGUUCUAUGUGUCCUUCCUCUCUGGAUGUGUGGCUGGCAGUACGGCUGCGGUGGCUGUCAAUCCUUGCGAUGUGAUCAAAACGCGGCUGCAGUCCUUGCAGAGAGGGGUGAACGAGGACACCUACUCAGGGAUCCUGGAUUGCACCAAGAAGAUCUGGCAGAAGGAAGGGCCCAUGGCCUUCCUGAAAGGGGCGUACUGCCGAGCCCUGGUCAUUGCUCCUCUCUUCGGCAUCGCACAAGUCGUCUACUUCAUCGGCAUCGCGGAGUUCCUGCUGGACAUGCUCCCCAAGCACCGGGCCUAG